AUGGCGUCUACCGUGCACAUGGUCUGCGGGAAAUAUCCCACAUCAACGUAGUAAUACCGAUUCAGAAGUAUAACAAAUCCUACACGGCUGAUUUCUUUGUCGUCCGUUUGAAGAAUUUUUACAACUCACUUACGAACAACAACGCAACGUACAAGGUGUUUUUUGUGAUGCGCCCGAUAAUCCUUCUUCGUCAUAUUCUCACCGCGCACGUCAAAAUUUAUCUUAUUUUUUUUUUAUUUUUUUCCUCUCCUAUUGCUUCAUCGUCUUUUGAAAUCUUUUAUAUUACAGAAAAAUGUUCGCGAAUCUCUCCGGUGUUCUCGGGUGAAUUUAAUCGUUUGUAUCAAACGGCAUGAUCCUUGGAAAUCUUGCAAAAUUUGUGGACAAGGUUUAGAUCAUUCUGCAUAUCGCCCUGAUGCUUAGUUAUUCGUUCUUCUUCUAAACAAUCAUUUUAGGAAAAACAUGACUAUUUUAAGAGACACUUGUUAAGUCGCUUGAUUUUGUAUUUAUCGUCGUUAGUCGACCCUAACCUUUCUAUCGUUGCUUAAGAGGUAGAAAUGAAAUUGUAUUUCGCAGACGUUUAUUUAAUCGAUUGUGUACUAUUAAUUCUUCAUAUACGUUUUCAUAAUUGUGAUUUGAUAUUGUGCAAGACAUUUUAUAAUCAUGAAAAUGUUUUUUAAAUGUGGAUUGUUUUUUUUAUUCAGGUUAUUUUUAAAAUGCAUAUUUGUGGUAUAAUUGUUAAUAUCAUGGAUAACGAAAAAAUCUUAAAAAUCAUAGAAAUCUAUAAGAAUAUAAGUAAUUUUUACAAAAUCUAUAAUUUUACUGAAUAUUAAUACGUGUGAUGAUCAUGGUUAUACAAUCUAUGAUAUCUGAAAAUAAUACGCAUGCAAGUACAUAAUUUACAAUUGUAUCUUUUUAUAAGUAUUUGUGAAUUUAUAUACUUAUAUUGUGUUUAUAUAUUUAAUCACAUAUCUUGAUAUAAAAUUAACAUUUUAUUAUAUUGUUCCAAAUAUUGUAUUAAUUAAUUCCUAUGCAGAAAAAAUUAUAUUGAUCUUUGAAUUAUAUUAUUCAUUUGAAAAUUGAUUUUGUUCGAUCAGUUUUUAAUUUCUUAAUUAAUUUUAUUAUGUAAUUUUUUUCAUGUAUUCUUCAUGUUUAUAUAAGAUUUUGUUACUUCUAGAAAAUUAACUAUUUUAGAAAUAUGUAUGUUAUUUAGAGAAUAAUAAUAAUAGGUAUUUGCAGAUAUCACUAUUAAUUUACAAUUGAUGUUAAAUAGUUUUAAUGUAAAAUUUAAAAAAGAAUUAUAUAUAUUUGUUAUUUUUCAAUAUGUUACACAUUGCAAUAAAAUACUACAUUUUUCAUUUAUUAUAUUUAGUUAAUAAAAUAUGUUUAAAAUAAUAAAUGUAUUUAUAAUUUAUAUAAUAAUUAUUUUCAACAUGUCAUAUUAGAUAUACACAAUUAAUUGUUUCUUUUGUUACAGACUGUAAAUAGAGAGUGUAUAUAGUGUGAUAGGUGAGUGAUAUAAGUGUGUGGAUUUUAGUUGGCAAUGAGUUCAAGCAACAAAUCGGUGUCCUCUGGGGGAAGAGGCACCAAUAAAAAUAAAUCAUCACAACAACAUGGAAAAUCGGAUCAUCAUCAAACUAAAUCAUCGGAUUCAAUUAAGCAUGAAAAAUCACAGCCAAAUACUGUUCAGAUGCGGCAUGCACAAAUCAUUGACACUAGAAUGGGUAGCGGUGAAGAUCCUGUUUUGAAGGAACGCAUUAAGCAAGUUAUGGAUAUGACUAGACGGUCAGAAGAUGAAGUUGUUAUGGCUUUACAUGAUAGUGAUGGAGACUUGGAUCGUGCUGUUAAUGAUCUUUUGGAAGGAGUAAAAACAGAAUGGGAAGUGAAAAAAAAGAAGCCUCGUCAACCUAGUGGUUCAAAACAAAAUAUGGAUACAUCUGGUGGUCAAGAUGAAGGUGGUGAUUGGGAUGAAAGACGCAAUCAACGAGGAGGUGGCCCUCCACGUAUGCGAGGUCGUGCUAAUCACGAUAAUCGGCGCGGUCGAGAAAACAAAGAAAAUGAAAGAAAUAUGGAGGAUGGUGUUCGUGACGGAAGUUACAGUGGUAACAGAAGAGGAAGAGGUGGUCCAGGAAGACCAGGUCGAGGAGGAAGAGGUGGAGGAAGAGGACUUGGUUCACGAACAUUUGCCAAUCGUAAUGAUCCAUCUUCUACUUCAUCUGCUCAUAGCUUUAAUCGAUCAAUUGAUACUUGGACAGGAAAUGAAGAACAACAAACUUCUCAGGAACCAAAGAUGGAUGCAUGGAAUAAUUUGGAUUCUGCAGAAGACUGGGAUAAUGAGGAGUAUACAGGUUCAUUGGCAGAUACGAAAGUUUUUACCCCGAGCACUUCAGUGGCAGAACCUACAUCAGCUAUAGAAGAAUCAAAAACUCAAGAUCUGCAACCAGUGCAAUCUAACCAGAGUGUAAAUUUAUCAUUACUGCAACAGGAAGAAUUACCAAAAUUAUCGGAGAUACCACCGAUACAACAGCAAACUUUAAUUCAACAAACUCAGCAACAACAACCUGUGUUGAACUUACCUACAAUGCAGUUAUCGCAACAACCAAAUGCUAUAAGCGGUGGAGUAUUAACAGCUGCUCAAACACAAUAUUUAACACAACUUACCCAACAAACAAGUGAAAAUUUGAAAGCUGCUGGACAAAAUACAUUCUCUACAUCGAUAUCCAGUCAGCCUCAGAGGCAGACGAAACAACGUCCAAGGGUGCCACCACCAUCAAAAAUACCAUCUACUGCUGUAGAAAUGCCUGGAGAUGCUGUUAAUAGUGGUAUUGGAUUUCUUGAUGUCCAAUUUGGUGCACUUGAAUUCGGUAGCGAUUCAAGUUCUCUUGAUGGAUCUGCAAAUGAAAAAUACAACUCAGCUAAUAAUACAAUAACUGGUGUAGAUGUGUCUUCUACUACAAAUACUGUAAACACUGCCAAUACAAAUAGCUCUUUGGACAUCGAAACAACGCAACCAUCAUCAACAACACCUUUCAGUACUACUUCUCAAAUGUUAUCAAAUAGCGACAAUUUACCGGUAUCAAGUGAACAUUCGAUAAACGCUCAAACAUUUACUGCUCGUGGUAGUAGUACUGGACAAACUUUAGAUAUAACUAAACAAGAUUUCACUUCGCAAGUAUCUCCAGGAAAUGCACCUCCUUAUGGUACGACAACAACAUACCAGUCUCAAAAGUCAUCAUUUCAAGCACCUACAGCGACUCCGAGCACUUACAAUGCAUAUUCUACAAAUGCUCAAUCUGCUCAAUCAUCUUUUCAAACUGCAUCCGGCACAAGUGCUAAUAGUUACUCUGCAACAGCGACUGUUUCACAAGCAAGUUAUAAUUCUUCAUCAUCAUUUCCUCAAUCUAAUACAUCAACCUUUAGCCAAGCUUCUCCUUCUGCAUCUGCAUCAGCAACUUCGGGUUAUAAUCAAACAACAACUACAAAUCAGGUGUACCAAUCUGCAAGUGGAUAUGUACCUACCACGACGUCUCAAUAUCAAGCACAGUCUGUAGCUACGAACACCGUUUCAAAUAAUAGUACAGGCUAUCAAACAAGUGGAUAUCAAGGAUCGUCUUCGUCGUUUCAAUCGACUCCACAAGCUUACCAACCAUCUGUCACUACAUUUACUUCACCUAUUACUCAAACAUCUGGAGCAUACCAAAGUGCAGCACAAUCUGUAUAUGCAAGUGCAUAUGGCACAUAUGCCAGUCAACAACAAACAGCGUCUCACAAUCACAAACUAAACAGUAAUACAACAAAAGAUUCUCAGUAUGAUAGUAACACGACGACUUCAAAUAAUUCUCUUGCAACUACAACGGCGCCUACGCUAGGUCUUAGUUCUGCUUCCGUAAAUAGUUCACAAACUAAAGUAACAAAUUCUAAUGCGGUACCAAAAAGUACAUCGAGUGGUGUAGUAACGGGUAGUAGUGGAACUGGAAAUAUGACAGGUGGUGGUGCAGCUGGCAGCAUGACACCAAUGCUAAGUCAUCAGUAUAUUAUGGGCCAAGGGGUACCUUAUGCGUUCCAACAACCAAUGUACAGUUAUGAGGAAUUACAGCUUAUGCAACAAAGAAUACCGCAUAUGUGUAUGCAUGUAGUUUUGUGUUUGGCCUUCCUGACUAACCUGCAGCCAACUACUGGUUACUAUGACGCGGCUUUGGGGUAUCAGACAACUGGCCCUGCUACCAGUCUCGGUGGGGGACGAGGAGAUGCACUUUCCGGUGUACAAGGCGUUCAAGGAGUACAAGGUGUCCAAGGAGCCUAUACCAGUAUUAGUGACGCCAGGUUCACCAGAAACGACAGCAAUGCAUCUCCAGUUCCAUCUACUAUGUCACAACAGAUAGCAACUGCUGGUAAUGCAGGUACGAACAGUGGUGCAUACAGUGCUAAACCAGGAAGUUAUGGAUCUGGAUAUGGAGCUGGAGCAAGUUAUGAUGCAUUAGCAUCUGCUGGUCCUUCUGCCGAAUACAAAGGUGCAGGAAAUAGUUAUACCAGUACACAAACUGGUAAAACAGGAACAUCUACUGGAAAUACUAAUACUGGUGGAUCGUCCGCGACCGACAUAAGCGCCACAAUGUACGCUAAGAGUCAUGUAGCGCUUAGUAAAGUCAAUUCUUACGACAAACAAACUUUUCAUUCGGCAACACCUCCGCCAUUUAGUUUGACUGGAAGUCAAAAUGCUGGGUUGCCUGGUGCAUACGGAACACCGCAUUUGUUUAUCCCAACUAUGCCUCAUCAAUUACAUCAACCACUUCAUCAAGAUGGUGGUAGCAGUACAGGCCAAAGGUCUAAUACAAGUUCCCAGAACAAAGCCCAAGCAAAACCUGGUUAUAGUCCUAGUUACUGGACUGGAAGUAAUUAA